UGACUGAGUGAUUGUUAGGUCGCUUUAAAAAUUCGAUCCACCAUUAACGCUACUGUUUCAUGCUUAUUAAAUAAUUCAUUUAAAUGGAAACCGUUUCGAGCCAGAGAGUCUCGCGGACCCCGAAGUGCGCGCGAUGCCGCAAUCACGGCUUCGUAGUGGUUCUGAAGGGUCACGCAGGCCGCUGCCGGUUCUCGCAGUGCAGCUGCUGGAAGUGCACGCUCAUCUCCGAGCGCACGAGGAUCAUGGCGAGGCAGAAGGGGAUCAGAAAGGGUCAGCGCGCGCAGGAGCGCCAGAGACGCGCCGCCGCCGCCGCCGGUGAAAAUGGAAACGGGAUCGGUGCCUCCUCAGAGGUAUCCGGCGCCACAGAGCGCGUCACAAAGAGCGCGGCGCGUGGAACGGACACGGAGGACAAAACGUACACGGAGUUCGAGGUGGCGGUACCGGAGGCGAGCGGCGCGCGCGAUCCGACUACAAGUCCGGAGAUCCCGCAAAACUCCUCUGACCAAUGGAAUGGAACUCAAGAUAACGCGAUUUUAAGAGGGCAUUUGCCAUUGGACUGCUUUGUAUCAGAAAUACCCCUGAACACAGUGAACUCGAAUAAUCUAGCCAUGGCGAUGCCCUUCCACCUGCACGCCCACUACGCCAACGCCUACACACAUCCAGCGUUCCUGUUCAGCUUCGGCGCACCUCCACUCGGACCCGUCGGGUUUCCCUACGUUCCCCAGGCUGCACUGAUGGAGUCCAGACCGGAAGGUCCUGCUUUCUUCUACACGCCGUAUCUCUUUCAUCCGGAACCUGAUCGCUACCAACAUUACAUCAACGAGAGAGGUGACGCAGCCGAUGUGUCUCCUCUACGACAAAGGCAUAACUUGGGAGGAAUUGAAGGCAGCCAGAGACAAGCAUCCAGACCUGCAGAGGGCGCUUUUCCAUGAACGAAAAAAUAAAUAAAAAUCAAGGAC